UGGAUGAAGAUGAUGCAAUCAUCAGUUUGAAAAACUUAAUGAAAAAAACUAAUUAUGUUAUUGAUCCUGAUCAAUUCUGGAAAAGAUCCAGAGGUAUGCUUAAAUAUGCUGGUGAAUAUCAUGUUGAUGAUUAUAUUUUGAAAGUGGAAACUGUUAGAUCUUGGGCCAGAAGAAGUUCCGAAUUAGGAAUUACUGAUGGUGCAUUGAAAUCAUAUGUUAUUUCAUCAUUGAAUGGUAAAUUGAAUACAUUGAAGGAUAUUUUGUCAAUUUCCAAGGAAAAAUCUUUAGAUGAAGUUUUGGAAAUCAUUAAAGACUAUUGGUAUGCUAACAGAGGCAGAUUGACUGAUCAAGCAAGAAACAACAACGAUCAUUCAAGAAACAACAACAACAACUUUGGCAAAUCAAACUCCAAUACUUAUGGUCAAGGAAAUACAAAUGCUGGUAAUAAACCAAAUUUCACUAAAUCAAUUGGUAACAUUGUUUUUGAAUCAGAUGAAUUAGCGAGUUCUCCCUCAACAGGAUCUUCAAACGCGAGUUCUCUCUCAGAUAGAAACUAUUUGUGAUUCGGGAGCCAAUGCUCACUUAUUCCACAUCAAUUUUCCAUUACUGUACAAUAUUGAAACCUUUGCUAAUGAUACAUCUGAAUCUGCUGUUGGUGUGAAUGGUCAAGAAAUCCACAUUAAAGGGA